AUGAACAAAGUUUUGAAAUCUCAUAAACACAAUAUCUCCGAUAUAAAUGAACUUCAAGCUACAUUAAAUAGUAAAGCGGACAAGAACCAUGUUCAUUAUAUAAGUUCAGACGAACAGAUUAUAACGGACUACCAUGGAUAUUUAACACGAAGUGAUGAAGUGAAGACAAAAAAUGUUAAUGAAAGAAGAUAUAAAUACAUUCGUGCUAAAGGUUAUGACAUAAGCUGUACUGUACAGUAUGAUGUAGCUAAAGCACCAGAAGCAUUUGGUUAUACCGGUGAAAUUUAUGCCUCUACUUUCAAUGUUAACGGUGUACUAGUUGAACCAAGAUUUACUUUGAGAGUUAAGUCAAAAAUAACGUUUGAAGAUGCUAUUAAAAGUAAAGCUGACAAAGUUGAACUCGAAGCAACGAACAAAGUUUUGAAAUCUCAUAAACACAACAUCUCCGAUAUAAAUGAACUUCAAGCUACAUUAAAUAGUAAAGCCGACAAAAAUCAUACACAUAAAUCCUUCACUACUGUUAGAGCAGACGACAUAAUAUUGAACUUUGACCUUGGUUCAAGUGCACCUUUAGAGAAUCCGAGUACAAGCGUAAAAGAUACUCUUAACAAUUUAGAUAAGAGUUGCAGGAAUAUCGAAGAUCAUGCCAGAAACUUUGAAGCAUAUGAACUACCCGCAAUGUUAGACAAGAAAGCAGACAAAACAGAGCUUCAAACAUUAAAGACUCAGAUUCUUGAAACAUUAUAUCCUAUAGGCUCUAUUUAUACGUCAAUGAACUCAACAAAUCCAGCAACAGUUUUAGGUUUUGGUACAUGGCAGCAGAUUGUAGACAAAUUCUUAUACUGUGCUAACUCUUCAAAGCAAACAGGAGGUUCGAAGAAAAUUACUGAAGCAAACUUACCUGCGCACACUCAUACAGGAACUACAAACACAACAGGUAAUCAUUCACAUUCAAUAACAAAAAGAGGUUAUACAAAUCUUGCAGCAGGUUCGGAUAGACAGGGAAUGCAUAGAUAUGAUAUUUCAAGCGACCCAGUAGAUUCAAGCGCAGGUAUUUUCUGUGGAACCGCAGGAAAUCAUUCACAUACUUUCACAACAAAUCCAACAGGCUCGGGUGAAGAUUAUAUGCCUCCAUUUAUGACUGUAUUCGCAUGGUACCGCGUUCAUUGA